UAGCAAAAUUUUAAUCGUUUCAAUGAUUAUCAAAAUGUAUUUCAAUCAACUAAAACUACCAGUGCUUGUAAUCUCUGCCAUAGUUUUAUGGUUACAUUUAACAGUAGUUACUUGUGAUAAGCCGGACGUUUGUUACGGUAGUCCCGUAACAGCCAUCGAGAGAGUCAUAUUUAGUGAUGAAGUAGAAAGAUAUUUUGUGGCCAGUGGUCGGUACUAUUGGUUUAUCAAUCAGACCAACGAUUUGCCGAUUGCUGAAAGUGGUCGUCAAUUGCCGUACGCUUUUGAACCCGAUGUGGCUUUGCUUAGGGAUACCACUCAAUGCCCGGGCGGUCGCUAUUCACUAUUGCUUAUUCAGAAACGGCAUAUCCCCGGCACCAGUGAAGAGGAAUGGCUUACAAUGGAUUAUUUGAUUGGCGAGUGGGGCCAAAAUGGUAGCGAUUCUGGUGUUUGGACAGAACCUUCAAGAAUCGCCCGGUGCUCACUUGACUCGAAAGUGUGCUCCACAUCAGACAACUACUUUGCAACCAUGAACUUCAACUUCAAGCGGUCACUGGACGCCGCUUUUGGGGUCGUCGGACAUAACGCCUAUUUUAUACAAGAUUCAAUAAUAUACAACGUAAGCUACCGAACCCCAUGUGUGGAGAACCCAUACACUCAAGUGUUUGCUCAGCCACCGAAGCCACUGUCUACCCAAAUCAGUGCCGUCACUACCGGUUCCGAUGAGGGACAGGUAAUAUUGUUUGAUCGCGAAUUUUAUAAUUUAUUGCCAAAUGGUCUCAAUAUAACCGACGAUGACCUGAAUGAUGACAAUUGGUCGCAAUCACCGCAUAAUUUCUUUACCGAAUGUCCUUUAUUGGAGACAUCGUUUAGUUCCAUAUUGUUUGGCUUAUUUACGGACUCCCGGAGCAGUUCGCUAACUGGAGCAGUGCUUACUGUUAUAAUUGCGAUCUUUUUAUUAGUGAUAAUAUCUGUGUUGGCGCUCAUUAUUUGGAUGAGUUUACGCCGUAAAACAAUGAGGAUCACCAGUAACUCGGAAAUUGCAGACAAUAAUAGUGAUUCGCCACUACAUGAGGAACACCUACUGAAGGGCAAUGAGUCACCAAAAGAUGUGACCAAAGAAGUCAAUAAAGACACAAAUCAAUGUGCAUAAUGUCCCCAAAAGAAAUUAUCAUCAAAUCAUAUGACAAUAAUUAUUGUGUGGAUUGGGACACAUACCUGACAUUUUUAUGGGCCAUAUAUCUGACUGGUGUCACAACCAUUAUCACCACAACUGCAAGUAUUUCAAACAUCAAGCCUUUUGCAGUGACGUCUCUAACCAAGCAUUUAAUUGAACAAUCAAUUUAUUACAAUUUAUAUAAAUAUAUUUA